AUGACUGUAGUAGUUUAUUCUAAAAUUGUCAACCAAAUAAACACAAUAGAUGCUGUACCUUUACCGCUUGUAAUUGCAAAGGAUAAACACGACCCAACUAAUUAUAUAGUUAAAAGUCAAUGGUUUGGCUUGGGUCAUAAUAGUGAUGAUAAAAUCACGCAUAUACUUACAUGCAAAGAUAAAAGUGUAAAGGUUAAACAUACCCAUCAGGUAAAAAAUUUCUCUGAUUAUGAAGCUCACUAUGAGAUUAAAGUUCCUAAACAUAUGGACACAGUGCUAUGUGAAAGAGUAAUGAAAGGAUUUGAUAAUGAAUUUCUUGGAUAUUCUUCAUUCAGUUUCAAACAUACGAGUUAA